GUCGGUUUCAGUCUGCACGCGCCACAGCGACGGUCGUCUGGUUUCCAGACAAGCCUCUGUUUUUCUACUAGUUUUUUCUCUGCGUCUGUGGAUUCUUUAUUGUUCUAAUCUAAAACAAAUUUUUACGCGAUUUUUAAAGGAAUAAAAUGGGAUUUUACUAUCAUUAUUAUUGUUAUAAUAAGUAAUAAUAAUUAUAAUAAUUAUAUUUAUUGUUUUUAUUAUAAUUGUUAGUCUUUCUCUCUGACUGACUUGCUUUUUUUUGUCUUUCAUUAAAAACAGAUUUUUUUCUUAAAUCAGUCUCUUGAAUAUUUUUUUUUAUUUUUGGAUUUUUUCGGGGUCUCUUUGUUGGUCUCUGUCCGGGUCUGUUAGGCCCAGAUGGCGGCUCACCGGGUGGGUCGUAGGGUGAAUAGGGUGUGUAGUAAUCAGUCACCAGGUCAUGCCAGCGGCGGGCGGGACCCGGGGCAGAGUCUGCAGCGGCGGCAGGCCCGGGUCACCGUCAAAUACAACCGCAAGGAGCUGCAGAGGAGGCUGGAUGUGGAGAAGUGGAUCGACUGUGGACUGGACGAGCUCUACAGUGGGAGGGAGGAGGAGAUGCCAGAGGAGGUGAACAUUGAUGAACUGCUGGACCUGAAGACAGAUGAGGAGAAGACACACAGACUGCAGAACAUCCUUCACUCCUGUAACAACAGCACAGAGGUGUUCAUCAGUGAGCUGGUGUUCAAACUUCAGGGUUUACAAAAGCAGGAGGAUCUGCACAAUGAUGGCAUCGACCUCCCUCAGCUCCACAUCUACCCCAGCCACUCUGGAUCAGGUGACAGGGAGGUGCUGCACUGAGACAGCUGCUUCUCUUUCUCCUGGUUCCUGGUUGUCCUGGUUCUCUCUCUCCUGGUUCUCUCUCUCCUGUCCCCUGAGGUUCUCCUGUUUUGUACAUUUGUAGCUAUCAUUUACACAUCCUGUAUUGUUUGUACAUCAUAUGGAAUAAAUCGCAGUAUUUGAAAUGA